AUGGCCCUGCAAAAAGCCAAGAGCGGCAUUACCCACCUGAGAAGACGACUAAGCACAAGGCCCACAAUGGCGGCAAUGCCAACGCAACAGCGACCAGAGCCGCAGCCACUCAGCAAGGGGACGUUACACCCCCCCGCUCCCAAGCGACUGAACAGGCGACCUUGCAACGGCCAGGACACACCGAACCCCCCUGCAGCAGGGCUGGAUGCGGCACAAAGAGGUGACACAGGUCGGAGACAGACAAAAGCAAUGGGAACUGAAACUCACAGUGGCCCGGUCCAUCCUACAUACCCCAUGGCUCACCUGGACAGAGACUGUUUAAAAUGGCCCAUUAAAGGCAUCGGCUGA